CCUGCGAGCGAGUCGUGCGGCUCCUGAAGGGUUCUCUUCGUAUAAUUUGAAAGUGUGCUGCUCUCGUCCCUCUGAGAUUGCUUUCUGCUGGAAACUUGAUGCUUCAACAGAAGUUUCGGUCUGAGGCAUGGCAUCUGUACCGUCCGCCUCGGCCAGGGCCGCCGUGAUACGGUGUCGGGGCAGUUUGUUUGGACGAAAGCAACCCAAGAAGGCCUCAUCUAACGGCAGCGGGCUUAAGCGUAUCCCUUCAAUCCAGUGGGUGCCACAGGCUCUCGGCUGGAAGGACCACACAGGGUGGGCUUCCAGAAACAAUGAGAAACGGUCAGUCGGUGCCCUAUUAAAUGUAAAAUGUCGACGGAAGCAGGUCAGUAAUCCGUCCGGCACUUCGGCGCCAAAGCAGCCUUGCCCGCGAAGGAAUCAAGAGUAUCGAUUCCGCUCCCUUCUUCCUUUUCGGAUGAGUUUUUCUAGAAAGGACUGCAGGACUCGAAACUUGGCGAGUGCCGAGGUUGUCCGGGAUAGCCUGACCCACUGGCAUGUCGGCGCCCCCUAUCCCCUGGAGGCUCGUCACGCCGUCCUCCGCCUCACGGUACCGUUGGGACCGCAUCUGGGACUCCCUGCUUCUCCGGCGCUCCAGUUCUCCACCUGGACGAACCUCGUCAGGAGGUGCCUCUGCUGGACGGGACCGCUUUCCGCGGUGUGGUACACAUUAGCCCCGUGGAACGGUGACAGGCACUCGGGAAGAGAGAACUCUUGCCAAGAUCACCAGUGCCCUCUGCAGAAAAACCAAAACUGUGAACCGAAUGAAGAAGCUCAGUGGAAAGUGGCACGCAGAAUUCAAAGUAUGGAGAAGGAAGGCGUAUCCCGGGACUAAGAUGAAGGCGGCCAGGCUGGAAGAACCUGGGUGUGUAGUAUGAAGUAUCUGGGAGAUUUUUAAUUAAGAGAAAGUAGUGUUUAGCUUAAGGUGGGGUUGCCACUUGUAUUUUGCACAGAGUAUCACAUAAAAAAAUUUAUAUUUUGGCCGAAUAUAUAGUUUCGACGCCUGAUGAAUUAGCUUUGUAGAUCACAGUUUAGUCUUAAGUAGGAUUAGGGACCCCAAAUCUAAUGUUUCUGACGGAAUAUCAGAAGAACAUUCAAGGAGAUGUCUGCUGGCCCCUGAAGUUAUUUGUUUUUCAUUUGGUUUAGAAUUUCUGGUGCUUUCUUCCAGUAUUGCUUUGCGGUAUUUGCUUUCUUAUGUUAUGUAUGGUAGUUGUCAAUCAUGCACUGUUACCAUUGUGUGCUCCACUCAAACUUAGACUUUUAUUCUGACCGCCGUUUCUUCUCCUCAAGGGUGUUUGCUACACAGUCUAAAUUCAAGUGGUCGAGGUAGAUGGGUGCACAAUUACUUCAGUCCUACUUUGUAGGAAGUUUGUAAAUUUAAAUUGGUUUGGGAAGUACAUUAAUUCAUGGAUUAUAAUAAAUGUAAUCCAAGUUUAGCAAAGCUUGUGUGUAAGAUUGCUAGGACAUUGAGAGUUUACAGUUUGUGUUUUUUAUUUUUUAUUUUUUUUUUUAUUGUUUAGAAUUGUUUAAUAGCCAAAGACUUUUGAACAUUCAACCAGAUUACUUCUCCAGGUGUGUUUAACUGGUUGUGCUUACUAAUAAAGAUACUUAUUUUAUAAGCAAAUAAAAUAUGUUGACUUUAAAUGUUUUUACCAGUUAUACCCAAUAGCUGUUUUUUUUUUUUGCUGAAAUUU